CUUUGCCUGGCAACUCAACUCAACUCCGGUCUCCGGGAGGGUCACCUCUCAUCUCUUGCCCCACCGCAAACGCAAAGCCAAAAGCAGAAGAGAGAAGCGAGAACGCCGAGCGCAGCCAGCCAGCCAGCAGCAAACCGCUCUUCCAGGAGGAGAAGAGGAUCCCUCCCUCCCUCCCUCCGCGUUCGCUCGAGACGGGCCUCGGGUUCGGCCGGCGGCGGCGGCCCCGCAGAAUCCGGCUCCGUCUCCGUCUCCCGAAAACCUAGCGGAUUCGAGCCCCAAUCCCGGCCGAGGACUCCGCGCCGCCGGAGCGUCCGUUUCGGGUUUGACUUUUUACUGCCCCAAGAUCGCAUCUCCGGUGGUGGAAGGAUCAGGGAUUAAAUAACGCUGGGUCGCUGUCUCUGGCUGUGACAUUAGUAACUUGGGUCCCAUUGGAGUGGAGGCUGUAGCUGGCCUGUGAGUGGCUGAGCAGGCUGCUGUGAGGUUUAUAAGUGUGGGCUAUGGCGACGGCGACAAUGGCGACCGCUGCGGGCGCUGCUGCGCUGCUGUACUACACGCUGAACCGGCGGCUGCAGACGGAGAGGCUGGACAGUGAAGGGGAUUCGGAUUGUGGGAAUGGCAGGGAUGGGGCGGCCAGUGGAGCCCUAGUAGAGUCCUCUAGCAGUAGCCGUGUGUCACGCAGGGAUGUGCGUGCCCCUGCCACGUGGCUGGAGACGAUCUCGACUCUGUCGGAGACGCUGCGGUUUACAUACUCCGAGACACUUGGGAAGUGGCCCAUCGGGGACCUUGCUUUCGGAAUCAGCUUCCUCCUGAAGAGACAGGGAAAUGUAUCUGUAGCAAGCAUAUACGCUGGGGAUGGUAGUGUGGAGCUCAAAGGAGCCCCAGUGGUUACUGACUUGAAGUAUCUUUUGAAUUUGUUGACGUUAUGUUGGCAUUUCUCCAAAAAGCCAUUCCCGUUAUUUUUGGAGGCAACCGGCUACUCUAUGGAAGAUGUUCUUAUGCAAGAACCUAAAGCAGGAAUUUUGAAGCCAGCUUUCACCAUUUUACUUGAUAGAGAUAGACAAUGUAUACUUCUAUUAAUUAGAGGAACCCACAGUAUCAGAGAUACCCUUACAGCUGCUACUGGUGCUGUGGUUCCAUUUCACCAUACAAUAGUUCAGGAAGGUGGAGUUAGCGAUUUGGUUUUAGGUUAUGCUCAUUUUGGGAUGGUUGCAGCGGCUAGAUGGAUUGCAAAGCUUGCAGGCCCUUGUCUUGCAGAAACAUUACAUAUGUAUCCAGAUUAUAAAAUAAAGGUUGUUGGACAUUCACUCGGGGGUGGUACAGCAGCUCUCUUGACAUAUGUCCUGAGGGAGCAGCACGAGUUUGCCUCAGCUACUUGCGUGGCAUUUGCUCCAGCUGCUUGUAUGACAUGGGAGCUGGCUGAGUCAGGAGUUCAUUUUAUCACUACAGUCAUCAAUGGAGCUGAUUUGGUGCCAACAUUUUCAGCUGCUUCAGUAGAUGAUCUUCGUUCAGAGGUGACUGCAUCUGCCUGGCUGAAUGAUCUCCGUCACCAAAUUGAGCAAACUAGAAUCCUGAGCACUUUCUACCGAUCAGCAUCUGCCUUGGGGUCGCGACUUCCUUCAAUGGCAAAUGCUAAAGCUAGAGUAGCUGGUGCUGGUGCCAUCCUAAGACCUGUAUCUACUGGGACACAGGUUGUUAUGAGGAGAGCUCGCAGUGUGGCACAAGCAGCAUGGACAAGACCAGCAUUACCCUCAUGGGCAUGCAUUGGUCCAAGGCGGCGAAAUACCACUUCAUCCACCUCAACUGUUACAUCAGAAGAAAUAACAGCUUCUACUACAAGCGGUGGCUCUGAAUCCACGUCACUGUUGACCGAAACCACUGUGGAAACCACACAGAUAAUUACAUCUGAAACCACGCAGUAUGCUGCAUCAGAAGAGGUUCAGAGUUCCAUCAUGGCAUCUGAUGGCGUGAACAACUUGGAUGACAAGGUAGAUAGCGAUGAUGAGGACAUCAUCGAUCACCGUGUGGACGAGGAUAGGAUUACUGAUGUAGAGCUGUGGCAACAACUCGAAAAUGAAUUGUACCGACAAAGGGGAGGGGAUGAUGAUAAUGAUAUAGGGGAAGAGAUUGCUGAAAGUAAUAUUGCUGAGGAGGUAGGCGGAACAGCUCAAGAUGUGCUCAGUGAUGCCAGGGAGAAGGAGGUGCACAGAUUCUACCCUCCAGGAAAGAUCAUGCACAUAUUGACCUCCGUCAGAGAAGCAGAAAUAGACGAAGAGGAGAUUACCAGUCAUCAGGAUGAAGAGUCUAGCAGUCAUCAUGAUAAUACAACUGGAGAGUCAGAGACAAGCAUAGGUAUCUUCCUGACGCCAAGAUCCCUGUAUGGCAAGCUGAGGCUUUCUAAGAUGAUGAUCAAUGAUCAUUAUAUGCCGAUGUAUAGAAGAAGCAUUGAGCAGUUGGUUGCUGAGCUUGAGAAGGAUUGCUCUGCUUCUGUAGGUGAUAGCUCUGACUUUACAGCUUGCUAAGUCCAAACUAGAUAUGUAUCUUCAGCUGUUGUAAAAGCUGAUGACAUAGGGUAUUAGUUCCAUAAGUGUAGCUAACAUAACAGGAAUUAUAUCAUAAUGUUUAUCACGGCACUUCAGGUCUGAUUAAUUAUGCAGUGCAAUACUUGAAGAUCCA